UUCAAACAACAGCGAGUUAUUCACCUCCGUAUCUUUCUAGCCAACAUAGACGAUACAAUUGCAGAUCAUUAAAUGCUUUCGUUGUAUAUUAGCCACUGUGUUUUAAACACACUUGUCUUAUCUCCUUGCUAGUUACCCAAUUUAAUAUUUACGUUGUUGUUAGCUAGCUAGCUGGGUAAAUUAGCAGUAGUGCUAGUCUUGUCACUAAUGCUAACUAGCUAACAUCCCAACCAUGAGCUCACUAAUCGACUCCCCUCCUAAAGAGGUGAUCUGCUGGACGGAGAAAGAAACUCUGGGGCUGAACAUUGUCGUGAAAGAGGAGAAGGAAGAGGAGGAUGUCACAGUAAAACAAGAAACUGAGUUUGAGGCUGUUACAGUGAAAGAAGAAGAGGAAGAAGUUAAAUUGACAGAAGAUGAGGACUCGUUCAGAGUGAAAGAGGAGGAGGAUGUUACAGUAAAAGAAGAAGAGGAAGAGAAAGAGGAGAUGACUGUCACAGUGAAAGAAGAGGAAGACGUUUUUGAAAUGAAGGAAGUGGGGGAGAUUACUGUCACAUUGGAAGAAGAAGAAGAGGAGAAAGGAGAUCUGAUUAACAACAGAGAGAGACCAGACUCUCACUCUGACAGACGGAAGAAGAGUCCUUCAGGGGAACCAGACCCAGAGACGCCCAAACCAGUGAGACGACACCACUGCUCCCAGUGUAAUUUGAGUUAUAAGUUUUUAUGGAAACUGAAACAGCAUGAGAGGACACACACAGGGGAGAAGCCACACCACUGCUCCCAGUGUGGAAAGAGUUUUACCCUGUUAGGGAACCUGAAAAAGCAUAAAGGAAUACACACAGGAGAAAAGCAUUUCCAAUGUUCCCAGUGUGGAAAGAGAUUUUCACGAUCACAGGAACUAAAAUCACAUGAGAUGAAACACACAGGGGAUAAACCACACCACUGCUCCCAUUGUGGAAAGAGUUUUACCCAGUUAGGGACCCUGAACAAACAUAAGAGAAUACACACAGGAGAAAAGCCUUACCACUGCUCCCAGUGUGGAAAGAGUUUUAUACAGUUAGGGAACCUGAACAACCAUAUUAUAAUACACACAGAAGAAAAGCCUUUCCAAUGUUUCUACUGUGGAAAGAGAUUUUCAAGAUCACAGGACCUAAAAUCACAUGAGAUGAUACACACAGGAGAGAAACCACACCACUGCUCCCAUUGUGGAAAGAGUUUUACACAGUUGGGGAGCCUGAACAAACAUAAGAAGAGAAUACACUCUGGAGAGAAAUCUUAACGUACUUUCCCAGUCAGAGGACCUGAAAUCACAUGAGAUGAUACACACAGGGGAGAAACCACAACACUGCUCCCAGUGUGGAAAGAGUUUUACACAGUUGGGGAGCCUGAACAAACAUAAGAAGAGAAUACACUCUAGAGAAAAGCCUUACCACUGCUCCCAGUGUGGAAAGAGUUUUACCCAGUUAGGAAGCCUGAACAAACAUAAGAAGAGAAUACACUCUGGAGAGAAAUCUUAACGUACUUUCCCAGUCAGAGGACCUGAAAUCACAUGAGAUGAUACACACAGGGGAGAAACCACAACACUGCUCCCAGUGUGGAAUGAGUUUUACACAGUUGGGGAGCCUGAACAAACAUAAGAAGAGAAUACACUCUGGAGAGAAAUCUUAACGUACUUUCCCAGUCAGAGGACCUGAAAUCACAUGACAGAAUAGAGAGGCUGUGUUCUGACUUAUGUUUUUGAGGUUUUUUAAAAUUAAAAGUUGAUAUA